CAUGCAUGUAUAUCUCAUGGAGCUGCACAUUUUGAGUGAUGAAAGGUCAAGGUCAUCCUUGAUAGCAACUAGAUAUUUGGCAUGCAUGUGUAUCUCAUGGAGCUGCACAAUUUUGAGUGGUGAAAGGUCAAUGUCAUCCUUCAAGGUCAAAGUUUGAAUACAUGUAGAUGGCUUCCAAGCGGUGCAAUAGGGGGCAUUGUGUUUCCAACAAACGCAUCUCUUGUUUUUAAAGAAAUGCUUAAAACUCCACUGAAUACUGCUUUAAUACCCAAAAAGAUAUUUUACCCUGACAGUUUCAUGGUAUUUACAUGUACACGUCAUGUAUAUUAUUACACUGAUAAAACAUGUAUUAUGGAAUCAAGAAAAAUACUCUUUCUGCUGUAACCAAAAUGGGAAAAAGGAUUGCAAAUCCAGAAAUUUGACGCAACAUAGAACAAGUGAGAUAAAUAUUAACAAAGAUAAGCUUGCUUGUCUCGAACAUAGCAAUGAUGACUAUUUUACAUAAUAUUCAAUAACAAAUGACAACUCAAGAAAAAUUAUUGCAAAUGAAAACCAAUUCCAAAUGGAAGAUCUUAUUUUACUAUGCAGGUGCAAAGUAUGUGUCUGACCGGAAGGGCUUUAGAAAGCUGCUGCAUCAAGAGCUGAUGUCAGGUUGUUACGACAUACUGUACCUGCAUCUUGGCUCUAACGAUGUUUGCUGCAAGGAUAGCGAUUUCUACCGGGGCACAGUUGAGGAACUACUGCCAGUGGAUAAGGAGCGCAAACAGCAUGCUGUGGGAACUGAGUCACAUGUGCCUUCUGUGAGAUACAUGGACUAUGGAGCAACUAAACAGAAGUCCCUGUACUUGUCCCAUGAUGGACUACAUCUGAGUGCUGAAGGGGCUAGGAGGUGUUUAGCAUCCAUACAGGACGACCUGCCAAACCAGCUGUGUGUGGAGGCUGCGGUUCAAGAUCCUACAGAAUGGCCAGCUCUCUCAGCCACGGAAGUACCGGUUCAGGAGCAUGAUAGCACCAUAGCACUCUUUUCGGAUAUUGUGCAGACUGGAGCUCAACCAGAGAUUCAAGACAAGGUGGAUGCAAGUGAAGUACCAGUUCCCAGGGACAUUAAGCCUCAGACACAUAAAAUAACGGUUGUCACAGCCAGAGCUAAGAGGUCUGCAACCAGAAAUACCAAAAGAUAUGGAAAGAAGAAACACAAGAAAAUGGAAGUCAAGACUGGUAAGGUUAAAAGGGAGAAACCUACCAUGACGAAAAAGAAGAAUAAACAGGUCCCUUGCUACAAUUGCCCAAACUGCAGGGUGUGCUGUUCAUCUGAAGAUGCCCUGCUCGACCAUUUUAUAAGGAAGCAUUCAUCGUGGAAAGUUGAUAGGCCUGACACACUUUACAAUCAGGAAGAUGAAAUCAACGUGCCAUACAACAUCCAUUGCCACCGAGACACUGAAGAGACGCCCCAACAAGAUGACAACGCCGCAAAUGAAGAUCAAGUGAAUGUGCCAUCCCACUUCUUUUUCCAAUAAGACACUGACGAGACGCCCCAACAAGAUGUAGACACUUCACAGCUUCUUCUUAUUCUUUCAAAUGACGUUGAACUUAACCCUGGAACGACUUUCAGUUGCAAGUGGACAUCAUGCUUCAAGAAAUUUAUUAAUUAUGGUGAACUUAGUGCCCAUAUAGUAUGUCACAUAGAGGGAACAAAUAGAUGCCAAUGGGAAGACUGCCAUGAAUGUUUUUCAGCUGUAAGAAGAUUUGAGCUGCAUCUGUUGAGAAAUUUGUAUGAUGAAGAACAGCGAGAUAUUCAAAACAAUUGAUGAAUGGAAAAACACGCUACCUGAUGGGAAGAUCAAUGAACAGACAACAGAUCUGAAUAUGUGUCCGCUUCAUCUGAGGUCCAAACUGAUGCUGCUCUUAUUUGAUGAAGAUUUCUCCAUUCCAACGGGUUAUUACACAAUAGAGGAACACUACAAAUACCUGGAAUUACUAAGUAUACGUCUUCCUUCUGAUUAUGAAAAAAUUAAAAAUAACUUCUUACUUAAAAGAAAAUAUUUAUGUGAAAACUGGGAAAAUGAUGAGGGAAAGUGUCCAACUGUACAGUUUAAUACUGCUGCUGACUAUAGUCCUACUCUUAAAGUAAAGAUAUAUAUACUGUAGCUAGUUAUUAUGAAAAUAAUGUGUUUGUCUCUACAUCUAGACCAGAGUUGUGCAAUACAUACUUCUCAGGAACAACUUUAAACAAAGGAAUGCGGAAAAGAAUAAAAUCAAAUGAGAAUGUUCAAUUUAAUGUUGACAAUAAAUUGUGGUCAGAUAUAUUGAUUGAAAAUUUAACAAUCUGUUCAAACGCUUUAAAAUUGCAAAAUCUUGUAUUACAAACUUUAGCAGAAAAGGGUUUUGUUACAUCAAAGAAGCAAUCUUUUUUUAAAUUAGAACAAGAAGCUAGUAGAUUAUCUGCACAUAACAACUGUACAACUGGAACCUUUGUAUGUUCAGUUUUUAAAAAUAAAAUUGAAGACAAUGAAUUUUAUUAUGUAAGGUAUGUUGAAUCUGGAGUUUACAGUGGAUUCAUGGAACAGAAGUACUUAUAUUUCCUUAAGGAGCAUUUUAAUGUUGCAGAUGAUAAUGUUUUGUUGCAUCAAGUUAUUACAUUGGAAGAUAUAAAUCAAAUGAAAAUCGAUGAAAAUAAACAUAAUAUAAAAAGGAAUCGCCCAGAUAAAAUAUUUAGUCAUUGUGUUGAUAAAAUUUUGCCAUCAUAUGUAAAUGAACUGAAUGACAAUGAAAAUUGUGAUAGUGUUCAACUACUGUCUUACGUAGUACUUUUUUCGCCAUUCGAAUCAAAAGCAUCUGUAGACAAGCCUGAAAAGAUGUUUUUUAAAAUGAAACCGCAGGAUUUGCAUGAAAGUUUACUGAAACUAGUUUAUGACUUUAAAAUAAAUCAACUUGUGACCAAAAGUCGUUGUUCAAAAGAUAUAAUAACAGUACCAGGAGUUGUGAAUGGUACUCUCCUACAUCAGUCAUUUGUUUUGAAUUGCUUGUCUGAAAACAUCAAAGCAAAGCCAGAUUUAUUUGUUAAAUCAGCACGUUAUGAAUCUAAUUUUGUUGAAUCAGGCAACAUUUCUUUGGGUACAUCAUUAAGAAACAAAACGAUUCAGCUCUUUUUGAAAAAGGAUUAUGUUAACUUAUUUUCCUUUUAUAAGAAGUAUUUUCCAGAGUUAAAUGAAUGCAAUGAAACCACUGUUGAAACGUCAGAACCAGUUUUGAAAAAAAGAAAGACCAUAAAGCAUUUAAAGCCAAUAAAUAUUUGUAGAUCAGAAUUAGAGAAAAGAGUUGGCAUUUCUAAUAAAGACACUGAAACGGAUAUUUCUGAGCAUUUCGGAAACCUGUCAAUAUUUAAAAACUACUGUUGUUCCCUUCUAGAUCAUGGCACUUUAGUUAUACAAAUGCAUGAUGACAGUGGCAAUCUAGUUUGUUGCCUUAAUGAUUACUGCGAAAUGGAUGGUUCAUUUAAAGCAAAUGAUUUUAUUUUCACUACUAGGUUUUGUCAAGAAACUGGUGACUAUCUUGACUGCACAUGUAAAAUAUACAAAACUCUGCUUAAUGUGAAGGAAUUUAAUAUUAGGAACGAAGAAUUUCUAGUUUUAGACUCUUCAGGAGAUAACUGUGUAACUUGCAUGGAUUGUAAGUUUGUUAAAUUGCAUGUAUUACCUUGUUUAGCACUGGACCAUGUACAGUGUCAUGAAUCAUUGUCAAGAAUCCAACACUUUGUUGAAAAGGCUUUGUGUUUUAACAAUCAGGAAAUAGUUGAAAUAUCUAGAAAACCAGAAAUUAGAAAUAUUCUGUUCUUAUAGAAGGUGACGAGUAUCCAGCUUUUGUUCAUUUUAGCAUGAACAAAAGGCUUGGUAAAUGCACUGUGUCAUGCACUGCUGGUAGAUGACUUCUCAAAAGAGUUAUAAGAGAAAUAUAAGUACUUUACUAAAUUCGAAGGUUUGUAGGCACUUAAACUUAUUUAAAUCAUAUACUCACGUGUGGGAAGAUUUAAUUCAUACAACUAAUGAUAACAAUGAUGAUGAAGAACAGCAGUUAUUUGAUGACAAUAUUGAUGAUGAAAUGCCUGUUUCGGUUACAUUAAGUACUGCUGCAUACAAUAACUUCAAUGAGGAAUCUGGACUUUGGAAUUUUAAGUGUAGAAGUAAACAUUCUCCCAGACUUAAAGACAAUAAUGAGUUAAGGAAAAAUAUCAUUAAACGUGAUCAGUGGAAUGAUUCUAACCUUGUUCGAUGUUCAGAUGGCUGCCUAAAAGGACCUGUAUUAUUUCCAGAUAUUCCAGACAAUACCUGUCCCUGUGGAAGCGGUUGGCUCAAGCGAGAAGAUGACGAUAAUUACAGUGAAAAUGGACUGACCAUACACGAAAGACAAAGGACAUUAACUAUUUACACAAAUUUUGCACCUGUAAAAUGUGACAUUCAUAUACGUGAAUGCUAUAAUUCAAUUAGUAAGCCAUGCAGAAUUCUUUGGGAUGAAGGGGACUUAGAUUGUAUACAUGUAAUGUCGGCGGAGCAUAUAGUUGCCAGUUUGUCCUUCCUUACUAGUUUCCCAUAGCACCUUCAAUACUUUACCGAUAUCUUUCAUAUUUGGCAUGUAGGUACCUUGCAUGGACCUUUACCUUUUGAUGAGGUCACUGGGGUCAAGGUCACCAAGGCUUAUAAUAGAUUUUUCCGUCACACUUUUGUUACAGUUUCUCAUAGCACCUUCAAUACUUUACUGAUCUCUUUCAUAUUUGGCAUGUAGAUACCUUGCAUGGACCUCUACCGUUUGAUGAGGUUUGAGGUCACUGGGGUCAAUGUCACUGAGGCUAAUAAUAGAUUUUUUCAGGUGGUUAUUAACACAUAGAUUGACAUAGCGCAUCAUCGGGGAGCAUCCAUCAGUUUCACUGAUAUUCUUGUUGUAUGUUAUAUACGUGAUCAUAGAUACUGUAAAUUUUGUCUUAUGCGACAUGUUUAUAAUGUAGAAGAUGAGUACCCUGUGUUUAUGCAGUGCCCAUUGUAUAACACAGAUAUGAUUUGUUUAUUCCGCAGUGGUUGAAUGAAAUGGAAACUGUUAGGUUUGUUCAAUAUGUUAAUGGCCGAUGAAAAUUACAAGCACAUAUUUUUGAUUGCAAAAUGUGUGUAUGUGCAUGAUAAUAUAUAACAACUACGUAAUUAUCAUACAAAUUAGCUGUCAUUUUAAUACUGCAUGCUUGUAUUGCAUUGUUUAUUUAUAUCUGAUAAAAAAUACUGAUUCUUAGGUUACUUUAUAAGUAUGUUACUAUUUUGCAUGCUUACAUGUAAUAGGUAUUUAAUUAUUAGGUAAUCCUUGUUUUGGUGGUAUUAUAAUGUAUAGCAGCAUUUGUUCUACGAAAGUGCAUGCGUGUGUUGCAUCAUAUGACUUUGUAUUCUUUAACUAUUCAGGUUAUUUUAUAUAAUUAUGAAAUUAAACUGUAUGUAUUAUGGCCCUGUGGCCUGACUGCAAAUAAAUAUUCGUAUUUGUA